GAAGAUUCAAUCUACUUCAUUUUUCUAUGCUCAGGAGUUAGUACCGUAAUAUGUUUUUUGAUUGAGGAAACUAUCAAAGAAAGCAACAAAACAUGUUCAAAAUUGUCACUAGCAUAUGUGGUCUAACGUGACACAAAUCCGUCCAUCCCUACGGACUGAACGUUAAACGGAUAGAUGUGCUUCACGAGUUGAACUUUGUUCCAGAACCACCAGUGAUUCCCGUAACCAGUCCCCCGGUCCCCGUGAUGUCCCAGCCGCGGCCGGACAGGUCCUCAGACCAUAUCCUGGCCCAGCUACGCGAUGAGGGUGUGUUGUUACCCGGCCAGGUACCCACAGAGAACCCCGGCACACCUCCGCGCCACCAGGAUAGGCAGAAGGAAAUGGAGAGGCGACUAGAGGAGCGACGUGAGAAGGUGAAGAAAAGCUGCCCUGAGUCCCGUGGUGACCUGAAGAAGCAGCUUAGUGACGCGGAAGUUAGGAGACAGGAGCUGUUGGCGAAGAGGACAGCCAUGAUUUCAAAGAAGUUUGCCGAGAAAGCAGCUGGUAUCAAGACCAAGAAGGAGGCGAGAGAGAUGACCAGCACCGCGUUUGAGAUCACUCCAACCUAUGACGCGGAUGCCAUCGCUACACGAGCAUCCCAGAGCACCAAACAGCUUGAGAAGCGCCUGGAGGCGAACCUCGCCGCUGAACGCCGCCAGGAUCACAAGGUGGCUACAGUCUGUAAGGCCAAGAUGCUCGCCAAGCGAGUCCGCUUCAACAUCCCAGACGACCCAGGCAGUGAUGGUCACUAAAUCAUGAUGGCGCCUUAGUGUCGGACCAGAGAAGACCAAGGGACCCAACAUCUUUUUUUCCAGGAAAUGUUGAUAUUUCGCCAGUAUAUGAUAACUACAGACCGUUGUGAUUCAGAGCACUGCGCAAAAACUUGUUCUUCUUUGAGACCUU